AUGCCGUACUUCUCUAAGGCUUCGAUGCGGUCAAUUUUCCCCCCAACAGAUAUCCCAUGGUUUUUUUUCCCAAAGACCCUUUUGGUCCUUGCUACUGCUUUGUCAGCCACUGCUAAAAAAGUGUUCAUUGACAACGAUGAAGCUAAUACCCCCACCAUUUUGAUACCCUUGUUUGCCGGAUGGGAAAUUCUCGGGGUGUCCGGAAGUUUUGGUAGUAGUUCUUAUGUUGACUCAGUGGGAAGCCAUGCUACCAUCUUGGAAAACUACUCCUUGGACUCAUGUGUUCCACUUUACGGUGGCGCCUCAAAGCCAUUCCUUAGGACUAACGAAACCUUCCAUGUGUGGGAACAAUUGUACGGAACUCUUGUAUGGGAAGGUGCCUGGUCUCCAUAUUACACUGACUCGUACACCUGGAAAGACUUCUCCUACAACGAGACUUUGCCUGGUGCAAUUGCCAUGAUUGAGGCCGUUAAAGCUUAUAAGGAUUCAGACCCUGUGACUAUUUUUGCAGCAGGAACUAUGACCACCGUUGCCCAAGCCAUCUCUAUAUACCCAAACUUGGUCAAAGAAGCUGCUGGUCUUUACAUUAUGGGAGGAUACAUCGAUGUUCAGUACGCCCAUGCUGCUGGAAGCAGUUUCCAAGAUGAUCUUGUCAGUGACAUCAAUAUUAUUCAAGAUCCUGAAGCUGCUCAAAUGGUUUUAACAGCUGACUGGAAGAAGAUCAUAAUUGGUGGUAAUGUCACCAACGCCGAAACUCCAUCGCAAGACCUUUACGAUGAGAUGAUCGAAAGGGCUGGAGGCUUAGAAGAAAUUCAAGAAAGUCCUUAUUUGGUGGGUGUUAACGAGACGGUUUUGAGUGGAAACUACACUUUGAACAGUGUAAGCACCGAAAACAUUUUGCCAUUCUGGGAUUCUGUUGUUUCUGCCUUCAUGGUUUCCCCUGAAAUCAUCACCCACAAGACCAGCGUUGCUCUCGCUGUUGAUACGAGUUUCAACUCUCCAUUCUACGGGACCGUCAGAAUCUGGAGUCACGAUAGAGCUCCAACUGCUUACAAGACUGGAAAUGUCACCAUCGUGGACUCAAUUGACCAGGACAAGUUCUAUGACAUUUUGGUGGAUGCAUACUUUCAAAACUACACCAACUACUGUACGGGAGGCAACUUAACUGAAUUGGACUAUUAGGUAAUAUUUUUGUAUAAAAGUAUAUAUGAUUUUUCGCAAAACUCCGAAAAAUAAAAGAUAAGAAUCAUAUUUUACUGAUGGUAAUUAAGACAUUUGACGUUAGUAAUACCAAAACCAUAGAGGCUGUGCCUCUCACACCUGAAGGAUUUAGUCCAUACGGGGGAGUGAUCAGUGCCGAUCAUCAAAUCCUCAAUGUCGAGAGUAGUGCCGCUAACUAUGGUACUGCCCAAAAAAUUCAUAAAGUUGCACCUGUAGUGAAUAACUAUGAAAAGUGUUCUAGCGGCAAGCCUGCCACCGCCAACUGGAACAUCUUCCGGUGUAAGGCUCCCAAACACUUGAUUUCAUCCUCAGGGAUUGGCAAAACUUAUCUUUCAAAAGUGUUGGAAAGACAUCCAUUCACCACUCAGACAUUCAUUCCAAUGGGCCAAGACUUGCACAAAAAGUCUUUUCUUGUGAUUGUGGCCAAAACUGAUGAAACUAGUCCCGAUAUGCUUCCAGAUCCUUCACAAUUGAGGGCUUUUGUGUGCAAGGGGAACCAGUCAAUUACAUAUGGAGCUGGAACUUGGCAUGCUCCAAUGGUAGUCAUCGAUGAGGAGGUUGCACAUAUUGAUUUUGCAGUGUUUAUACAUGAAAAUGGAGUCGCAGACGAAGAUACUCAAGAGUGUUAUUUCGAGCCUGGAUAUAGUGUCAACUAUUCGGUGGCCAGAGACAAAAAAUUGUAGAAUAGCAUUAUUUAUUAGAUAUAGUCAAUCAAGUCAUCAAUGACCUUUUGUACGUAAAGUUCCUUUUCCUCAUGGCUCAUGGUGCUUGCCUCAGCUUUUGCAAGCUUAAGCUUUUCUAGCACGCCUGUGAGUUCCACCUCUUCAAGGUUUUCGUAGUUGUCGGUCUCGUUAUCUUCGUUAUUAUCAUUACCUAGUAAACUCUCCAUCAAACUCCCAUUCACUUUACGCAUUUUGUUCUCCGUAUACUUCUCUGAACUGCUGGUAUCUACACUCCUCCACUUAUGAGUCUCAAGAACCUCCAUAAUCCGGUCUUUGCCAAUUCUAUCUUUAUAUUCGUUGGUUCCAGCCUCAUUGAAAUAUACAAACUCUAGCCCAUUGUUUAUGCACGAGUCUUCCACUUCCAAGUAGUCUAUUAUUUCUUCAGAAACUCCAACUAUCAAACAGAAGAAAUCGUCUUCGGACUCGUCAGUCAAUAGUUCUUUCAACAUGCUGAUAACUUCGAGCAGCUUGGUCACUAGUUGUAAUGGUUCUGUAUCCAAAUUUAUGGUGAAAAUGAACCCAUCGAGAACAUCCCGAAGUUCCUUACAUUCCUCUUUCUUGAACUCGUCGUACCAUUCAAGUAAUUGCUUGUGGUCGUGCGCUUUUUUGUUUGAGUCUGUUCUGAUGGAUGGGUACUCGUCAAUGAGAAUAUUGACAUGGGAAGAGUAAUACUUGGUUUUCAACUCUCCUUUGACAAUUAAGCCACUGUGCGAUUCAUUAGGCACAUCACAAGAGCCCCCCCCCAGCAUUAGGUCGGCGACUCUUAGCUUUCCCGAAUUUGGAGGUCCAAGAACCAAUAUGUGGUUGGGAAUCAUAGCGGAA